UGUGAAUCAGAGCGUCCUUCCGGACGGUCCAAUCACAGCGCAGACCUCUCGGAGCUCGCGACCACUGCGCACGCUCCUCCCACAGUCGCUGUCCAAGUUAACGUAGAGACGGAACAUUUUUAACGUCAAAGAUGACGACUUCGUGGAGUGACCGCCUGCAGAACUGUGCCGAACUCCCGGCCAACAUGGACGGCAUUGCAAUGAAGAAGUAUCGACGCGAAGCUCACCACAGCUUUCCGAGGGAUCUGGCUCAUCCUGCAAUGAGGGUGUUUGUCAAUCGAAGCUUGGCCAUGGAAAAAAUCAAGUGCUUUGGAUUUGACAUGGAUUAUACUCUUGCUGUGUAUAAAUCUCCAGAGUACGAGUCACUGGGAUUUGACUUGACCGUUGAGCGUCUGGUAUCCAUCGGUUACCCCCAAGAGUUGCUCAACUUUGUCUAUGAUCCCUCCUUCCCCACCAGAGGUCUGGUGUUUGACACCAUGUUUGGCAACCUGCUAAAAGUGGAUGCCUAUGGGAACAUUCUGGUGUGUGCACACGGGUUCAACUUCUUGAGGGGACCUGAGAUCAGAGAGAUGUAUCCCAACAAAUUCAUCCAGCGUGGAGAUACCGACCGCUUCUACAUCCUGAACACACUCUUUAACCUGCCAGAAACGUACCUCUUCGCUUGUUUGGUGGAUUUCUUUACUAACUGUCCCAGAUAUGCAAGUUGUGAAUCUGGCUUCAAAGACGGCGACCUCUUCAUGUCGUACAAGAGCAUGUUCCAGGACGUGAGAGAUGCUGUGGACUGGGUUCACUUCAAGGGAUCCUUGAAAGAGAAGACGGUUGAGAACCUGGAGAAGUAUGUGGUAAAGGAUCCGAAGCUCCCUCUGCUCCUCAGCCGCAUGAACGAAGUGGCUAAAGUAUUUCUGGCCACUAACAGUGAUUAUAAAUACACUGAGAAAAUCAUGACCUACCUGUUUGACUUUCCUCAUGGACCAAAGCCGGGAACACCUCACCGGCCCUGGAAGUCCUACUUUGGCCUGAUCCUGGUAGACGCCCGCAAGCCCGUGUUCUUUGCGGAAGGUACAGUUCUGCGGCAAGUCGACACUACCACGGGUCGACUGAAGAUCGGCACCUACACCGGACCGCUCCAGCACGGCAUCGUGUACUCUGGAGGAUCCUCAGACAUCGUUUGCGACUUGCUGGGUGCUAAAGGAAAGGACAUCGUCUACAUUGGAGACCACAUUUUUGGAGACAUUCUCAAGUCCAAGAAGCGCCAGGGCUGGAGAACGUUCCUGGUCAUACCUGAGCUGGCCCAGGAGCUUCAUGUGUGGACUGACAAGAGCGCCAUCUUUGAGGAACUUCAGUCACUUGACUGCUUUCUCGCAGAUCUUUACAAGCAUUUGGACAGCAGUAGUAAUGAAAGACCUGACAUCAGCUCACUGCAGAGGCGCAUCAAGAAAGUAACCCAUGACAUGGACAUGUGCUACGGCAUGAUGGGAAGUCUAUUUCGCAGUGGAUCCCGGCAGACACUGUUUGCCUCCCAGGUGAUGCGAUACGCCGACCUGUACGCUGCCUCUUUCAUCAACCUGCUCUACUACCCCUUCAGCUAUCUGUUCAGGGCUGCACAUGUGCUGAUGCCUCACGAGUCGACGGUGGAGCACUCGCACGUCAACCUGAUAGACACGGAGUCGCCGCUCGCCACCCGCAACCGCCGAGACUUUGACGUCAAAGAAAUGGAGAUCAAGCGGCACCAGCUCACUCGAUCCAUCAGCGAGAUCCAGCCGCCUCACCUGUUCCCACAGGCUCCACAGGAGAUCACCCACUGCCACGACGAGGAUGACGACGAGGAGGAGGAGGAAGAGGAGGAGUGAAAGGAAGCAGAUAGAUGAGCCUUAUCUCUGUUGCACAUUUUAUUCGAUUGUUCAAAGCGUAACGUUUUUGUCUAACUUUCAAGCGGCUGAUUGGAUAUUAAGCUUUAGAAAAUCACGUCCAGGUUUGCUGGUUUGACCAGGAUCAUGAAGCCAGUUUGGAUCUAGUUGUUCUUAGCAAAGGAUUCAGGCAUGAACGGUGUGUGUGUGUGUGUUUGCGUGUGUGUGUGUGUGGGCGUCCUGCUGGUUUCUGCCCAGCCAUCAGCUUCUCCACUCAGUCGGAGCUCUUUUUCUUGCUGCCAUUUUGCUCUUUUGUUUUUGUUUUGUUUUCCUGCAGCUUUAUGCACAAGACUGUCAGUCUGUACACGAAGGCAAAGAAGAAGCUUUAAACUAUGUGCUCAUUUAAAUAUGUGGCAGAUUUACAAAUUGUAUUAUGUAAAAGGCAGACCAAUCAGCCACACCAUUAAAACCAUCGCAACUGCUGGACUGUCAGACAAAUGCUGGUGAUGGACAUCUUUAUCAGUCUGAGGGUUUUCAUCUCGUGGGCGGUUAGUGUAACAAAACAUUUGUGUGAAAACAUUAAAAAAAAAAAACUAUAUGUACUCGUAAAAGCUCCAGGCAGAGACCUGAGCAGCUUUGAGCCGGUUGUUAAAUGGUUAAACAGCAGAACAUGUUACCAGCUCCCACUUCCUCACAAGCUGCUGCUGUUACCACAUCUCAAACCACGUCAGAUGGUCAGGAUGUGGUCAGAUUGUGCAGCUGUACAGAGAAGCCUGUAAACAUCCGUCAACUAAUUCUGCAGAGGUACUGUGGGUUUUGCUGGAUGGACUGAUUCAAUAUUCUAGCUUAGACCAACUUUAACAAGUUUAUCUAAAUAACCCUUCAGUUAACCAAAGAUUUACUCGUCAGAAUAAUCUGAACCUCGUGGGUCAAAUUUCAGUUUCCCUUUUUUGACUGAUUUGAGUCUGUUCCUCAUCUAGAUCCACGGUACGACAAGAACACAGACCAGCCUUCAGAGGUGGUUUUUUUGUUUGUUUUUUUGUCUUCCUGCUGUGAGAAGUUAUUAGAAGAAGAGAGACCACAGCGUUCCUUCCUCUAACUUUCUUCGUGUACACCUGCCUGUUUAGAAAAUGGCUCACAUUGAGUCUUUUUCCCUCAGCAACAAAGUUUGGUAGCACUUUAUUUGACAGGAUGUGCAUAAGGCUGACAUGACACUGUCAUAAACAUGACAUAACAUCUGUAAUGAACAUGAAUGUCUUUAUGAAUGUAUGACUGUUGUCAUGAAGCGUCAUUCAGUAAAUAAUGACACUUUUAAUGCAAAGUUGCUCUAAAGGUUGCAUUAGCAGUCCAUUAAAAGUGCCAACUUUGCAUUAUUUUGUAAAUAGUGACACUUCAGUGCAAAGUUGGUACUUUUAAUGGACUUCUAAUGCAACUUUUAGAGCAACUUUGCAUUAAAAGUGUCAUUAUUUACUGAAUGACACUUCAUGACAACAGUCAUAAACACUAUUAAUAAAGACUCCUUCAUGUUCAUAACAGAUGUUACGUCGUGUUUAUAACAGUGUCAUGUCAGCCUUAUGCACACCCCGUCAAAUAAAGUGUUCAUACUCAUUGUGCUAUCAUCCUGAUUUUGUUGUUCUACUCCUAGUCGACAUGAUGCGUUUACUUGUUGUAAAAAAAUUUUUUUAAACAAUCUCACAUCAUCUCUGUUGUCUGCGUGAUUUAAGCAUUUGGAUUUGUUUCGCUUAAAAAUCCAAUCUUUAUGUGAAUUUGAUUUUUUGUUGUUGUUCCCUGUGUAAAAAUAUUGAACUGUAGUCAGAAUUUUUGGAUAUUAGACUGUAAAACAAAGAAUAGGAAAUCCUGCAAUCCUUCAAUAACUGAGCUGAUAUGACAAUUUAGCUAUUAAUUAUUUUGGCCAGUAGAGGCCAAAUUAACUCCUACACAUCAGAGCAUUUGCUCCUUCAGUCAGGAGGAUUACAUGAACUGACGACCUGUGAUUCAUGUCAUUCUGAAUCCUCCUGUUGAAUCACACAGUAACACAACAUAACCCUGCAUUUGUGCUAUAAUAGACAUGUUUGCGUCGAUGUUGAUUUUCCAUGUUGGACUUGACCCGCCGCUGGACUUGAUACGGUGAACAGGGUGGACGUCUUGCAGUCUCUUGUCCCAAAAGAGCCGUUUUCUGUAACAAAAGUGUCUCUGUGGGCACCAGUGUCGUCACUGAUGCCGCCGCGGCUGCAGACAUGUUUCACGUGCUGGAAUGUUCCGUUGAUCGAAGUUCACGAAACACACCGCAGGAUAAGGAUUCAGAGUUUCAGUUUUGCUUUUAUGUUACCGAGCUGCUGGGAAACGACGUCUUCGAUAUUCAUCCAAAAGCCAAAUUUAGCCAAAUCGACGUUUGGUUGAUAAGAGCCUGCAGCCCUUCACACCUCAUGCAUGCUUUUUAUUUUUGUUUUUGCUGUGUCGUAUUCGUUGACAUUGUUUCAGUGUUGAAAUAUUUUAAUAAAGAUUCUUGCUAUAAUAAAAUGUGUGGAUUGUUUUUAAACUUAUUUGUUUAAGAUCAUUUAAAUAAAUGAAAAUAUAAUUUAUUUCAGUAGGCAGCUCCAUUAGUGACAGAUGAAAAAACAACUAAUUGUUGUUAAAUCUUAGUGAAACCACAGCAUUUAUUAUUAGGUUAUUGCAUAAUGUAAAGCAUUUUCAGCUGCAUUGUUGCUGAAAGUGUGAU